AUGGACUUGGAUAUGUCGGAGCUGAAGACCCUGGAGCAUGUGGCAGUGACAGUCUCCAUCACUCACCCACGGCGCGGCAGCUUAGAGCUGAAGCUGUUCUGCCCCAGCGGCAUGAUGUCCCUCAUCGGCGCCCCCGGCAGCAUGGACUCGGAUCCCAACGGCUUCAAUGACUGGACCUUCUCCACUGUGCGAUGCUGGGAGGAGAGAGCCCGAGGGACCUGCAGGCUUGUCAUCAGGGAUGUUGGGCACCCAGUGAGGCCCUUCUGCAGAACCUGGGGUCAGUGGGACACAAGGGGCGUGGCUCACGAGCUGCCCCUUGCUGCCCUAGGGGAUGAGUCAUUCCAGGUUGGCAUCCUCCGGCAAUGGCAGCUGACCCUAUAUGGCUCUGUGUGGAGUCCAGUAGACAUCAGGGACAGACAAAGGCUGUUAGAGAGUGCCAUGAGUGGAAAAUACCUGCACGAUGACUUCGCCCUGCCCUGCCCACCGGGGCUGAAAAUUCCUGAGGAAGAUGGUUACACCAUCACCCCCAACACCCUCAAGACCCUGGUGCUGGUAGGCUGUUUCACCGUCUUCUGGACCGUUUACUACAUGCUGGAAGUAUAUGUGAGCCAGAGGAAUGUGGCUUCCAAUCAAGUUUGUAGGAGUGGACACUGCCACUGGCCCUAUCGAAGCCAGAAAGCCAAGGAGGAAGGGACAGAGCUAGAAUCAGUGCCACUUUGCAGCAGCAAGGAUCCAGACGAAGUGGAAACAGAGAGCAGGGGCCCUCCCACCACCUCUGACCUCCUUGCCCCAGACCUGCUGGAGCAAGGGGACUGGAGCCUGUCCCAGAACAAGAGCGCCCUGGACUGCCCUCAUCAGCACCUAGACCUACUGCACGGGAAGGAGGAGCAGAUCUGCUGACCUCAGGGCCUGACAGUGUGGGACAGGCUCUUCUUUCCCAAAAUUAGGGAGCUCUUGACAGAAAGCAGUUCUGAUGCUUACAUCUGGAAUCUGAGGCAUCCUCUGACUCCACUCAAAGAGGGUGAGGGCCUUCUUAAGAUACAAAUGGCGGAGGAUUGCUGCCAGAGAAGUCUGGUCAGAGCCACAGGGUCUGCCUCCAGCCAAACGGGAACUUUUGGUGAGAAGGUGUUGGACAGGGGAUUGG